AUGAAUCAAUAUACCCUUGUCAAUAUCAUUGAUGUAAAGGAUUCAUUUCAAAUGAUGAGUACUGAUGAAUAUGAAUUUUAUAAUGUUAUUGAGUCUGAUUACCUCGUAGGAAUCCACGACAAAUUUAUUAAAACAUUGUCUCAAACUGAAGAAUGGAUUGACAAUAUUCAAAAGAAAUCUGAGCUUGAAAAAAAGUAUAAUAAGAUUCCUGCAUAUUUCAUUGGAACAGAUAUAAAGCAAACAAUACUGGAUACUUUAGAGGAGUACAAGUCAAAUCCAGAUUUAACUCAAGAUUUUCCAAAAUCAUAUGACGGAAUCAUCAUUAAAUUAUUUGUUUCUCUUGAAAAUAAAUUUGAAUCGUCCAAAGGCCUAUUGCCCGCCCCAAAUUUUGAUAUUUUUGAAAUAUUAAAUAAAUACAUUUAUUGGAAUUCACUACCUUAUUAUUACUAUGAAGAUUUAUUAAAAGAUUAUAUGAAAAAUAUAUAUUUUUUAAAAUUUUAUGGAGGCGAUCUAAUGCUCAAACUUAUUCAGGAAAGAAAGACUGUAUACAUUAAGGAGACUUUUGACUAUUUUCUUAAAACUG